AUGGCACGGAAAGGAGUUCAGCUGGACCAAGAAACCUUCUCUUGUUCGAUCUGUUUGGCUCUACUGAAGGAGCCAGUGACUAUUCCCUGUGGACACAGCUACUGCAUGAACUGUAUUAAAAGUUUCUGGAAUGAAGAGGAAGAGAAAAAAAUCUACAGCUGCCCUCAGUGCAGACAAAUUUUCACACCGAGGCCUGUCCUGGUGAAAAACACCAUGUUAGCAGUUUUAGUGGAGCAGCUGAAGAAGACUGGACUCCAAGCUGCUCCUGCUGAUCACUGCUAUGCUGGACCUGAAGAUGUGGCCUGUGAUUUCUGCACUGGUAUGAAGCUAAAAGCUGUGAAAUCUUGUUUGAUGUGUUUGGUUUCUUACUGUGAGAAACACCUUCAGCCUCAUUAUGAUUUGGCUCCAUUAAAGAAACACAAGCUGGUGGAGCCCUCCAAGAAGCUCCAGGAGAACAUCUGCUCUCGUCAUGAUGAGAUGAUGAAGAUGUUCUGCCGUACUGAUCAGCAGAGUAUCUGUUAUCUCUGCUCUGUGGAUGAACAUAAAGGCCACGACACAGUCUCAGCUGCAGCAGAAAGGACUGAGAGGCAGAGAGAGCUGGAGGUGAGUCGACAAAACAUCCAGCAGAGAAUCCAGGACAGAGAGAAAGAUGUGAAUCUGCUUCAACAGGAGGUGGAGGCCAUCAAUCAGUCUGCUGAUCAAACAGUGGAGCACAGUGAGAAGAUCUUCACUGAGCUGAUCCAUCUCAUCCAGAAAAGAAGCUCUGAUGUGAAGCAGCAGAUCAGAUCCCAGCAGGAAACUGAAGUGAGUCGAGUCAAAGAGCUUGAGGAGAAGCUGGAGCAGGAGAUCACUGAGCUGAAGAGGAAAGAUGCUGAGCUGAAGCAGCUCUCACACACAGAGGAUCACAUCCAGUUUCUACACAACUACCCCUCACUGUCAGCACUCAGUGAGUCUACAGACUCAUCCAGCAUCAAUAUCCGUCCUCUGAGCUACUUUGAGGAUGUGACAGCAGCUGUGUCAGAGGUCAGAGAUAAACUACAGGACAUUCUGAGAGAGGAAUGGACAAACAUCUCACUGACAGUCACUGAAGUGGAUGUUUUACUACCUAAUCAGGAGGGAUGCCUCAUGGGUGCAUUACACCUCCCCCGUGUAGUGCCUCCCCGUGUAGUGCCUCCCCGUGUAGUGCCUCCCCGUGUAGUGCCUUCCCCUGUAGUGUCUCUCCCUGUAGUGUCUCUCCGUGUAGUGCCUUCCCCUGUAGUGCCUCCCCGUGUAGUGCCUUCCCCUGUAGUGCCUUCCCCUGUAGUGUCUCUCCCUGUAGUGUCUCUCCCUGUAGUGCCUCCCCCUGUAGUGCCUCCCUCUGUAGUGCGUCCCCGUGCAAUGCCUUCCUUCGUGCCUCCCCGUGUAGUGCCUUCCCGUGUAGUGUCUCUCCCUGUAGUGCCUCCCCCUGUAGUGCCUCCCUCUGUAGUGCGUCCCCGUGCAAUGCCUUCCUUUGUGCCUUCCCCUGUAGUGUCUCUCCCUGUAGUGUCUCCCCAUGUAGUGCCUUCCCCUGUAGUGCCUUCCCCUGUAGUGCCUCCCCCUGUAGUGCCUCCCCCUGUAGUGCCUCCCUCUGUAGUGCGUCCCCGUGCAAUGCCUUCCUUUGUGCCUCCCCGUGUAGUGCCUUCCCCUGUAGCGUCUCUCCCUGUAGUGUCUCCCCGUGUAGUGCCUUCCCCUGUAGUGCCUCCCCCUGUAGUGCCUCCCUCUGUAGUGCGUCCCCUUGCAAUGCCUUCCUUUGUGCCUCCCCCUGUAGUGCCUCCCCCUGUAGUGCCUCCCUCUGUAGUGCCUCCCCUUGCAAUGCCUUCCUUUGUGCCUCCCCGUGUAGUGCCUCCCCCUGUAGUGCGUCCCCUUGCAAUGCCCUCCUUUGUGCCUUCACCAGAGUAUGAAUGUGAGAGUGAAUGA